AUGAAGUGGUAUUUGGUGUUACUAUCGUUGCUCUUGGUGGCAUUAGCUGUGGCGGAUGAUGAGGAAGUUGAAGAAUUGGAACUAGCUGUACCAUGCAAUGAAGAAUCUUGCAAAUUACCAUCUUGUCGGUGCUCAUCCACAGCAAUACCUGGAGGACUGGCUCCUAGGAAUACACCACAGUUCGUCGUGGUUACUUUCGACGACAGUGUAAACGUUCUGAAUAUGGUUACUUAUCGUGAGUUGCUAAUCGGCCGGAGAAAUUCCAACCAGUGUCCUGCUGGAGCCACGUUCUAUGUGAACCACGAGUAUACAAACUAUCAAUUAGUAAACGAACUCUACAACAACGGAUUUGAAAUCGCCUUACACUCAAUGACACACCAGACACCACAAACAUAUUGGGCAGUAGCAAACAAGGAGACGAUUGAAAGAGAAUUUUCUGAUCAGAGAAUACAAAUGUCGCACUUUGCAAAUAUUCCUUUGACUGCUAUCCAAGGUAUGAGAAUGCCUUUCCUCCAACUUGCGGGUAAUGCUAGCUUCGAGAUUUUGAAGGAUAAUAACAUGUUAUAUGAUGCCUCUUGGCCUACGAUGAGCUUCGUCGACCCAGGAUUGUGGCCGUACACAUUGGAUUAUGCAUCAAUCCAGGACUGCCCCAUUCCUCCGUGUCCUACAGCGUCGAUACCUGGACCUUGGGUGUUACCGAUGAUUGCUUGGAGAGACCUUCUUGGUUUCCCUUGCGCUAUGGUAGAUGCAUGCUUCGCUCCCCCUGACAUGAAUGACGAAAAUGCCUGGUUUCAAUUCAUAAGCCAAAACUUCGAGAGGCACUAUAAGGGAAACCGUGCACCAUUUGGUUUUUACGCGCACGAAUGGCUCGUGAGAACUAAUCCUGCGGUUUUCAGAGCCGUUGCUAGAUUCUUGAACGUCAUUAAUAACUUAAAUGAUGUGUUUAUGGUUAAUGCGAAAGACGUGAUUGAUUGGAUGAAGUCUCCUGUUCCAAUCAAUGAAUACAUAAACCAACCAUGCAAACAGAACGUACCCUCAAAUUGUUCUCCUAGCUUAUGCGGUCCUCUUGAAGCACCUCAUACACAGGAACAAUUCUGGAUGCAAAUUUGCAACGUGUGCCCAAGAGUUUACCCGUGGCGAGGUAAUCCAUUUGGACUCUAA